AUGGCGCCCAAAAUAUUCAUCACAGGAGCCACAGGCUACACUGGAGGCGAUGCCCUCUACACACUCUACAACGCCCACCCCGACUGGGAAUACACAGCUCUGGUCCGCAACUCUGAUCGAGGCGCUCCUGUCGCCGCCGUCUUUCCAAAAGUUCAUUUAGUAUAUGGUACUUUGGAAGAUGCGGCCAUUAUUGAAGAGGAAGCUGCAAAGGCGGAUGUUGUUUUACACACAGCCGACUCCUCCGACCACGAAAUCGCCGCAAAAGCCAUCGCCACCGGUCUCGCCCGCGGCCACACGCCCUCCAACCCAGGCUACUGGAUCCACCUCUCAGGCACGGGCAUCCUCUGCUGGAAAGACAUGUCAACCCACACAUACGGCGAAGCCCCCUCUCAACCCCCCUACGACGACCUCACCGGCGUUUCUCAACUCACCUCCCUUCCGGACUCAGCCUUCCAUCGGGACAUCGACAAGCUCGUCCUGGCCGCCGGUUCCCCCUCCCUCAAAACCGCCAUCGUCUGUCCCCCCACCAUCUACGGUCUCGGCCGCGGCCCCGGAAAUCAACGCAGCCGACAAGUCUACAAUCUCGUGCGCAUCACCCUGCAAAAAGGUCAAGCUCCCCAACUAGGCAAAGGUCUCACGGAGUGGGAUAACGUGCACGUGCACGAUCUCAGCACUCUCUUCCUCCUGCUUGUCGAGCGCGCGGUCCCAGACUCGCAAUCCUCCGAAGAUGUAGAAAUCUGGAACGAAAAAGGUUAUUUCCUCGCCGAAAACGGUCACCACGUCUGGGGCGAAAUUUCCGCCCAGGUCGGCGCCGACGCAUUCGCCAAAGGGCUGAUUAAAACGAAAGAAGUAGCGGCCAUGGAUGUGGAUGAAGCGAAGAAACUGGCGGGAUUCGAAGCAGUGUCUUGGGGAUUGAAUUCGAAGGGGUUUGCGAAGAGAGCGAGGAAGUAUUUGGGGUGGAACCCCACCGGCAGGACUUUGCAAGAGGAGAUUCCGUUUAUUGUGGAUGAGGAGGCGAGGAGGGAGGGGUUGAUCAAGGGUCAUAAGGAGGUGGCUGCUGGGGAGGCGUGA